UGUCGCUACACAUCUAGCCCCUAAGCCGACUUGCCGUGGCGUCAUGAUAAAGAUAGACUAAACGUUUCUAGACUCUAGAAUAGGAUUGUAGAUCAUCUUGCAUAGUAUAAGAAAUUAAAUAUUAGUAAACAUCAGACAAUAAAUAUAAGGUACUUAACACAAACAAUGAAUUGGGAUUAGGUUAGCUUGGGUAAAAAUUUAGCUAGGUUGUCUGGUCCUCAUUGAAGAAUCUUCACAUAGACUUGACAAAUACAAAAAUUAUUAAAUAUUCAAGUCUGAGAACAAUAGAUUUAGAAAAAAUCUAGUCAUAAUCAUGAUUCAUUUAACUAAACCAAGUAAGAGUCUAGUUAAAUAUAUUAAUCACCGGAUUUAGUUAUAUUUCUGUAGUAGGCCUAAGCAGUAAUUUUUGUUGGAAUUGAGAUCAUCGUGGAUGAACAGUAGAAAUACAAGAUGGAGGUCGACACAACACACGGAGAAGACGGAAAUAGUGCGGCCCAGAGGACUUUUUCAGUAUAGCCGAACUGAUUAUCUGAACCCUACAUUUCAUCUUAUAAAGUCAUGUCAUUGAAAUAGUUUUCAAUAUGCCACCUAUAGAUCCACAACAGUUGUUGAGAGCCCUUGGUCCUCUUCUUACCCCUGGUGGGGGUAUACGUGGGGCACAAGAAGCAUCAAGAAUUGCAAGUUUGAUGAAAGAUGCUACUAAAUUAGUGACAAGAUGUAUUUAUUUGAAUAUACUGCGAGUGACAGAAUCACAGGAAGCUCUACAAAAAUUUAUUGAAGUAGGCGGUUGGAAUACAUUAAACAACUGGCUAGACAGUGCUCGUAGUGAUGGCAAUGAUCCAUUUCUUGGUGAACUAUUAGAGGUGUAUCUUGUGAUGCCUGUCACAGUUGUAAUUUUGAAGCAAAACAGUGCAGCCAAGACUAUUAAACAAUUGAGCAAGACAGAAAAUGAAAAAAUAAAAAUCCUCUCAUCUAAACUGGUUGAUAUUUGGACUAAAACAAUACGUGGACAGAAUAAUAGUACAGAAGAAGCUGAUGUUCUAGAGAAAAAGAAAAAGAAAAAACACAAAGAAAAAGAGAAGGAAAAAGAAAAAGAGAAGAAUGACAAAGACAAGGAGAAUGAUAAAAAAGAAAAAGAGGAGAUGGAAAAAAAUAAAUCGCGUGAAAAAGACUCAAAAGAAAACAGGGACAAGGAUAAGAAAGAUAGAGACAGACAUAAAGAGAAAGAUCGCUCUAAGCGAGAAAAAUCAAAGUCUAGCACAGAUAGCAAAGAAUCUUCAUCAAAGAGUACAACAUCCGAUCCAUCAGUCUCAAGUAAAAAAGACAUUAGCAGCUCUUCCAAAAAAUCUGCUCCUGAUGAAACAAAAUCUUCAUCUUCUAAUGUUUCUAGUAAAAAUUUGGACAGUGACUUUUUAAAGGAUGAAGAUUCAAAAAAGCGUCCUAAAACAGUUAAAAUGUUAAAUACUAAGUUUAGAUCUACAGGUCUUUUUGAUGAAGAAGAGGAAGAAAGUGACCAAGGAAAAAAGAAAGAGAAACUACCUGCUAAAAGAAUAAGUUUGGAUACAAAGCAUGAAGAAAUAUUAGAGAAAAAACCUAGGCUACAUUUAACAAUGCCCACCUUAGCUCCUACUGGUGCAGAUGCUCUGUCUACUACACCACCAGAAGUAACACAUGGAAGAAUCAAACUUAUUGCACCAAAGAGAGCACCUGCGCAUGAAAUUCAAGAAAGCAAUGUGUUUAUAAAUGCCUUACAGCAGUCAACCCUUUCAGGUGGAAUAAAAAGGAAGAAAAAACAACUUGCUUCACCAUCUACUACUUCUGUUCCUUUAUUGUUACGAGGAGUCUCUGGUACAAGUCCACCUCCAGUUACCUCCCCGCUGUCUGCUACAUCCCCUCCCCAAAGUACACAAUCUGCUGAAUCUGGCCCUACUUCCCCUCCAUUGUUAUCUCCAACCACAGUUAUGGCACAGAAAUUGCCAUCAGUCCCUUCGUUUUACCGUGAUACAUUAGAAGAUCUACCAGAAAGCUCAAAUGAAAAGAAAGAAGUAGAAAAAGGUGAAGAGUCUCCCCCAGCAUUAGAAUGUAUGCAGACAGAUGAAAAUGUGCCGAUUGUUGAUAUCAAGGAUGGAGACCAGGAGAUGAAUGACGGUGAAGUGAAAGUACCAGAGAGUAAACCUGAUCAAGGUGUGUUGGAGGUGAAUGCUGAUAUAGAGCUUAAACCUGUCAAAGCAAAGAAACCCAAAAAAAAUGUCACAUGGGCAAGAGAAGCAAACUUAGAAGAAUAUUUCUAUUUUGAAUUGGAUGAAACUGAAAGAGAAAAUGUCAACAGACCAAAGACUUUCAAUGAAAUGAAGAAAGAAGAAAUGAUGUUAGAUAGACGUGCCAUGGAAUCUGCUAAACGCUUCAAUAAUGACACAAUGGUGGAAGUAUUACAGUGGAAGCGUCCUAAACCAAUAGACAAUGUGAUAGUAGUGGUGGAAGCUGGAUGUAAUAGUGUAGAGAAGCAGAUACAGAUGGAUAGAGAAUUGGUAGUCCUAUGUGCUCUUUACUUUAACAAGGUGCCAGAUACACCUAAUGAACCUGAUCCAGAAAUCUCCAAUGAAAAAUUAGAGACUCAAAAUAUUCCCCUAGAAGAUGAAAAUGGAUCCUGCACUGAAUAUGAACACACCUAUCAUAACAACGACCCCUCUUCUUUACCUUAUGAUCCUGAAUUUGGAGGAUUGCCACUCCAAAAUCAUGGCGUACCUCCACUGAAUCAAGUUGGACCCAUGAGUGGGCUUAUGGGUAACAUGAUGGGCAACAACAUGAACAAUAAUAUGGCAGGAAACAAUAUGGGAAACAUGAAUAUACCACCUCAUAUUAGUCAUAUAUUAAACACAUUACAACAACAGGCUCAAGAAACUCGGGACCCAGUGAUACUAAAUCUUCAGGGAAUGUUAUCCAGUGUACUGCAAAGCACAAAUCCUCAAGAUAGUGGUAUGCUUGUAGACAGGAUACUUAAUGCGCUAGAACCUUUUAAGAAUCAGAUACCAGGUUUAAGCAACUUAAUUAAUUCUGUGACUGGAAAUGGCAUUGAUCCUAACAUGGGAGGUCCCAGAUUUAUGGGACCCAAUCAAAUGGGAAAUCCUAGACAUGGACUCUUGGGGUCUGCUCCACCAGGUUUCAAUAUGAUGGGCGGUGGUGGAGGUGGAAAUAUGAGACCUAAUGUGCCAGGACCUGGACCCAUGAUGGGAAAUAAUGGAGGAAUGGGAGGCAACUAUUACAUGGGUGGAGGUGGAGGUAUGCGAAUGGGAGGUCCACCUAAUCAAUGGAGAGGCAGAUCAAGACCAUUUGGAAAAAGAGGUGGCCAGAGAAAUGUUGUUUGUCAGUUUUAUGUGAAAAAGGGAAAUUGUAAAUAUGGUGACAUUUGUCAAUUCAUUCAUCCUGGCCCUAGUUCAUAGCACAAGCUUAAUUUUAGUUGAUUUAAUAAAUUGAGACUGAAUCUGUACACACAGUGCGACAUGUCCACAUUCCAGCCUCAACUCAUUCAGGGAAGUGGUUACUGUGUUCAUGUUUCCCCAACAGCUGAGUUUGUCAUGAGAUGCCUGUUCUGCUGCCUGCUUGUUAUACAAGGAUAUGAAAGAUAGUUUGAAAGAACUAUUGUUGUUAUUUGUGAAGUAUUUUAUAAUAUGAAUGCUAGGUUUUUUUAUCAAUUUGUUGCUUUUUCUAAGUGUAAAUUAUGAGGUGUACUAAGUAGCAUUUAUUUAAAAUACAUGCAAUUUCUUCGUUAUAAAGUGCAAUUUCUUACACAAAUCCUUCUGAAUAUGCUGUUCAAAAUAAACUGCUCAUUUAUUUCAUUUUGUAAUUCGUAAAAAUAUUACAAUAAAUGUUAAUGACAUUAAUUAUAAUUUUUUAGUAAGAAAAUAUUUCUCAUAGCUUUUUAUUUACAGCAGUAUAUAAAAUAUUGUAUAAAAUGUCUAUCACAUAUUAGUCCUUUUAUAAAUAAAUAAUAAAAAAAUUGCCAGCUGAUCUAUGGAGCAACACUAAUGCUUUACUUAAGCAAUAUUAAUUUUACCUAGGGAAGAAAUCAUUUUAAAAAAGCAUAUUCUGAAUUAUUUAAAUUGAUACAUGUGCAUAUUGCAUAGCUUCAACUUCAAAUAAUUUUUUGUUCAGUACAAGUUAUUUGGAUUAGACUAAGGUACUAAAAUGUAAUCACAUAGACUAAUUGAUUAGACAAAUAGAACAAGAAUGGUGCCAAACCUUUUUUUGAUGUAGAUAUGUACAGAAUGUUGCUAGUCAACAUUUUAAUUUUGUUGCUGUAAAUAAUACUAAUUCAUUGCAAAAUUGUUUAAAUAAAAUAAACCUUUACAUAUU